AGGCGCCGUGCCCCCCUCCCCGGGGCCCUCCCGCCGUCCCGUCCGCCUCGCGUCGGCUCCCUCCCUGCCCUCUGUUUACUGCGUUGCGCAGCUGCCGGAUUACAAUGACUGCACCAAAUAAAGCAUUGGAGCUACAACUGCAAAUGAAGCAAAAUGCUGAAGAGCUGCAGGAUUUUAUGAGAGAAUUAGAGAGCUGGGAAAAAGAUAUUAAGCAGGUGGAUUCUGAACUAAGGAAACAGAGUGGUGUCCCAGAAGAGAAUUUACCACCAAUUCGAAACGAGGCUUUUAAGAAAAAGAAAAAAAGCAAAACUAAAGUCCCCUCUAAGACAACCACUGAGGAAAACAAGAAAAACAAGAUCAAGUCCUACGAUUAUGAAGCAUGGGGAAAACUAGAUGUGGAUAAAAUACUUGAAGAACUUGAUAAAGAAGAUAGUACGCAUGAUUCUGUAUCUCCAGAAUCAGACUCUGAAGAAGAUGGAAUUCGUAUAGAUGCAGAAAAGGCUCUUGCAGAGAAAGAAAAGGGUAAUAAAUACUUUAAACAAGGAAAUUUUGAUGAAGCGAUACAAUGCUAUACUAGAGGGAUGCAUUCUGAUCCGUACAAUCCAGUAUUGCCCACAAACAGAGCAUCUGCUUUUUAUAGAAUGAAAAAGUUUUCUGUUGCAGAAUCUGACUGCAAUUUAGCACUUGCUCUAGAUAAAAAUUACACAAAGGCUUAUGCCAGAAGAGGGGCUGCUCGCUUUGCUUUGAAAAAUCUUCAAGGAGCCAAAGAAGAUUAUGAAAAAGUUUUAGAGUUGGAUGCAGACAACUUUGAUGCAAAAAAUGAACUGAAGAAAAUUUAUCAGGCUUUGUCAUCAAAAGAAAGUUCAGAACAGAAAGAGAUUGAAGAUGCAGUCAAACCUGAAUUAUCAGAUGAAGAGAAGCAACACAUUGAAGAGCAGCAGCUCAAACAGAAAGCUAUUACAGAAAAAGAUCUGGGUAACGCUUAUUUCUUUUUAGGGAAGUAUGAAGCUGCAAUAGAGUGUUAUACACGUGGUAUAGCAGCAGAUGGCACCAAUGCACUUCUGCCAGCUAACAGAGCUAUGGCCUAUUUAAAGAUUCAAAAAUAUGAAGAGGCUGAAGAUGACUGUACACAAGCUCUGCUGUUAGAUGCCUCCUAUUCUAAAGCUUUUGCCAGAAGAGGGGCUGCCAGAGUUGCUCUUGGAAAGCUAAAAGAAGCUAUGCAAGAUUUCGAAGCUGUUUUGAAGCUGGAACCUGGCAAUAAACAAGCAAUAAAUGAACUCACUAAAAUAAGGAAUGAGUUAUCUGAGAAAGAGCAGUGGACUCAUCAAGAAUAUCCAGAAAUAUUGGUAAAAGAAACAGAAAUAAAAAAUAUAGUGAAAGUCAUUGAUAAACCAUCGCACCUGAAAGCAACAAAGCCUUUGAGAAGAAUAGUCAUUGAAGAAAUUGACGAUGACAUACAAAACAGUGAUUUGCCCAGCACUUCUUUAGUCAACAGUUGGAGGAGUUCUACACGUAUUGAAACAACUGCUAAUCUAAAUGAAGAUGAUCUGUUAACUACAAUGGAUAUUCCAAAAGCAAAGCAGUUGAAAAUAGAAGAAAUCGGUGAUAUGCCGACAUUACAGCUUCCUAGCAGUGUGAAAGGAAUUUCAUCAAUUAUACAUCCGUCUUUCACUAUGAAAAAGAAGAUAGAAGAGGAAGUAAAAACAUCAACUCGAUCUAUGUCUCCAGUCCCUGUUAUUCCUGCAAAUUCUUUCCAGCUUGAGUCUGAUUUCAGAAAGUUGAAAGAAUGUCCAGAAAAAAUGUACAUGUACCUGAAGCAGAUAGAACCUUCGUUUUAUCCGAAACUGUUCCAGAAGUCGUUAGAUCCAGAUUUGUUUAACCAGAUACUGAAAAUUCUACAUGACUUCUACAUCGAGAAAGAAGAGCCAUCACUCAUCCUUGAAAUCCUCCAGAGGCUAUCGGAAUUAAAAAGAUUUGAUAUGGCCGUGAUGUUUAUGUCAAGCUCAGAGAAAAAAAUUGUGCAAGUAUUGUUCAGCCAUGUGAAGAACAUGGGUUUGAAAGAUCCUUCUGUUGAAGAACUGGAAAAGAAAUACGGAGUUUUCUCUUAGUGAGAUUGCUGAUAUUGCACAUGUAAAUUACUCUAUUUCCGCACUUCCUUCUUGUGGAAAUCAGGCGAAGAAGUCUAUACAGACUGGAAUUUUGUUGCUUUUGUAUAAGUAAUGAAACCUGUACACUUGAUUGAACCAAAUGGCAAGUGCCUGGAGAAAUAACGACCUAACUGCGCAGGUACAUUUGCUUUCCAACUCCUGCAGCGAUACAGAUCUACAUUGUCUUCAGCGGACUCUGUUUGUCAAAAACUGCUUGAGUGGAUUGGCAUUCAGGAUUGGGACUGUGGAUAGAGAUCUUUACUGAAAAGGAAAAAAUAUAUAAAUAUGUCUUUGGUAAGAAUCAAAUGAUUUACUUGGUGUCCAUUACAAAUUUGCUCUUUUUUAUUUUAGAAAAUAAACUAAAUGUUGAAUUCAAAAUACCAAAAUUAUCAGGAAGCUUCUUUAUUAAGGUGCUAAAUCACUUUUCUCUAAAGAUACAUCACACCAGAACAUGCAGUAUGGUAAACAAACCUGAGGUAUGUUGGCCAAAAAACUACAGAAUUCCUUUUACUUGAGUUUCUCUUACUGCUUAUCUAAAAGCUGAAUUUUGGCAUUGACAGCUAAGAUGUCCCUGUGAACCUCAACUGUAAUUGCAGAGUAGAAGGAAGCCAAAUACCAUGAAAUUAAAAGGUGGAGGGAAAUGGGAGUAUUUUGUGUUCUCUGGGCAGUACUUUUAAAAUAAUCUGAUCAAAUUUAUCCUUUGGGUCAAUGGGUUCUAAAUAAGUAAAGCUCUUAAGCCUCAGAAGGCUAAGCAGAACACCUUUGCAAGACAACAAAGGCAUGAAAUAACCUGAAAUUCUCAGAUGAGAAAAGAAAAAGAGUUAGGCAAAGACAUAAUAAACUCUUCUAACUGUUCACAUGACUAGAAGAAGGAAAGAAUAGCACUUGUCAAGUUUACUUUAAAAUGUAAUAUCCUAGUAUGGCUUCCAAAAAUUUACCAGCGCCUAUGUCUCUAGACUUGACGGUAUCUUUUUAUCCUGUUGGUAUUUAUUCUGUCAGGUUGCUUUCACCGUGAUUCAGACUUUGUGCUUUCCUAGUGCUUCUCUUACUAUUGAAGCUAUCUGACAUUAAGCAAUGCUUUUGUUUCGGUAGUUGUGCUCUUUUUCACAGGACUAGUGCAACAAUUACAACAUUCAAAUAGAAUUCAAACUUCCGAGGUGGAUUAAUGGGAAUAGGAGUGAGUGUUACCUUCUGUGUAGUUGUUUUUUGAAAUCUAACUUAAAACUUUCCCAGCUGUGUAACGUUCUAGUUCAGAUGCAAUUCGGAGCAAAAAAUGUAACUGAACUACAUCCCCGACUGGGUCUGAGUAUCAGCUGAUAUGAGUGAAGGGGCUAGGUCACGAAGGUAGCUUUGAAUUAGGCCUGGAAAUAAAUGCUAGGAACAUAACCAGUGUUCUUAGGGAAAUGGAAGAGCCUUUGUAGAACACUGCUUGCUGCUUACCUGCACCGUCAACUGUUAUUGCUAGGUAUGUCUCAUGUUACUUGAUAACAAGCUAUCUUUUCCCCCUGUUGUAAAGCACUUCUGAUAACGUAUAAGUGAUAUUGCUGCAACAA